UGCUCAGAGGAUGAGACCAAGGUGCGCUCAAGAUGCAGCUUCACCUGUAAUCCACCUCCAUGGUCGAGGAAGGCAUUGCUGCUGGAGAAGCAAAGGACGUUAAUAGUGCUUUACAAGAUGAAAAGUUGCUGAAGACUACCUUCAUCCACGACAGCCUAGCACAUGAAAUCCGCCAAGCUGCCAAAGCCCUAGAUAAGUGCCAGCCACCUCUUUGUGUGCUUGCAUCCAACUGCAAUGAGCCUAUAUGUGGCAAGUUGGUGGAGGCCCUUUGUGCUGAGUACCAAAUAACGUUAUUAAGGUCAAUGACAACAACAAUAAAAAACAAACAUAAAAAAGUAGGGGAGUGGAUAAGUCUCUGCAAAACUGAUGGAGAGGGAAAACCCCAUAAAGUGGCUGGUUGCAGUUAUGUAGUGGUUAAGGAUUAUGGCAAAGAGUCUCAAGCCAAGAAUGUCAUCAAAGAGGACUUCAAAUGCAAGAAAUGCAGAAAUAAACUUUAA